GCGGGCGGCGGGCGGGGGAAGAUGGCGGAGCUCGGUAAGAAGUACUGCGUGUACUGCCUGGCCGAGGUGAGCCCGCUGCGCUUCCGCUGCACCGAGUGCCAGGACAUCGAGCUGUGCCCCGAGUGCUUCUCGGCUGGCGCCGAGAUCGGCCACCACCGGCGCUAUCACGGCUACCAGCUGGUGGACGGCGGGCGCUUCACGCUGUGGGGGCCCGAGGCCGAGGGCGGCUGGACCAGCCGCGAGGAGCAGCUGCUGCUGGAUGCCAUCGAGCAGUUCGGCUUCGGAAACUGGGAGGACAUGGCCGCGCACGUGGGAGCUUCCCGCACGCCGCAGGAGGUGAUGGAGCAUUACGUAAGCAUGUACAUCCACGGCAACUUGGGGAGAGCCUGCAUCCCCGACACCAUCCCCAACCGGGUGACCGACCACACGUGCCCCGGCGGAGGGCCCCUGUCCCCCAGCCUCACCACCCCCUUGCCUCCCCUAGACAUCUCGGUGGCUGAGCAGCAGCAGCUGGGCUACAUGCCGCUGCGUGACGACUACGAGAUCGAGUACGACCAGGAUGCCGAGACGCUCAUCAGCGGGCUCUCGGUCAACUACGACGACGAGGACGUGGAGAUCGAGCUCAAGCGCGCGCACGUGGACAUGUACGUGCGCAAGCUAAGGGAGAGGCAGCGGCGCAAGAACAUCGCGCGUGACUACAACCUGGUGCCCGCCUUCCUGGGCAAGGACAAGAAGGAUAAGGAGCGGCCGGCCAAGCGCAAGGUCACAAAGGAGGAGAAGGAGCUGCGGCUCAAGCUGCGCCCGCUCUACCAGUUCAUGUCGUGCAAGGAGUUUGACGACCUGUUCGAGGGCAUGCACAAGGAGAAGAUGCUGCGCGCCAAGAUCCGCGAGCUGCAGCGUUACCGGCGCAACGGCAUCACCAAGCUGGAGGAGUCGGCCGAGUACGAGGCGGCACGCCACAAGCGCGAGAAGAGGAAGGAGAACAAGAGCGCGGCCGGCGCCAGGCGGGGCAAGGAAGACGGCAGGGACGGCGAGUUCGCAGCCAUCGAACACCUGCCGGGCUUUGAGCUGCUGUCGGACCGCGAGAAGGUGCUCUGCAGCUCCUUGAACCUGAGCCCAGCGCGCUACGUGACCGUGAAGACCAUCAUCAUCAAGGACCACCUCCAGAAGCGGCAGGGCAUCCCCUCCAAAAGCCGCCUUCCGAGCUACUUGGACAAAGUCCUAAAGAAAAGGAUUUUAAACUUCCUCACGGAGAGCGGGUGGAUAUCCAGGGAGGCCUCCUGAAAGCCCGUGGCUCUGCAGGGAGCCUAGAGGACUGGGGGUGUGGGAGGGGGAGGAGGUGCUCUUUUUUAAGCAGAUUGAGUUCCUUUCUUUUAGGCUAUAAAUUCUGCUCAUGGUCCUCUGAAAGAAGCAAUAGUAACGAUUUUAUGCCGGAUCAUGGGGGAAGCCGACACAUGUAUAUUUUAACUUGAUCCUAAAGUCACACCUCCAGAUGACGAUUUGCCUUUCCAUGUUCAGUUUGGGGAAUAUUAUGAGAUUGGGUCAUUUC